AUGGAGCUCAUGAACUGGUUCUGCAUGUCGAUGCUGGAUCAAUUGGUGAUUGGGUUUACCGAUGAUAUCUUGGCCUAUUCAAAGACAAAUAAGCCAAAUGAAGAGCAUUUAGGAGAGGUUCUUGAGACUUUGAAGAGUGAGAGACUUUACGUAAAGUUCUCUGAAUGUGCAAUACUAAUGCAGAGGGGCCAUGUGAUCACAUACACUUCGAAGCAGUUGAAGCCCCAUGAUGCAAAUUAUCCUACUCAUGAUCUAGAGUUGGGGGUGGUGGUUUUCUCCUUCAAGAUUUGGCGGUGGUUGGAUGUGGUGAAUGAUUAUGAUUGUGACAUUCUGUAUCGUCUUGGGAAGGCCAAUGUAGUGGUCGAUACCUUGAGUCGCAAGGCAACUAAUGUUCCUAUCAGAGACCUAUUCUUGAGGAUGAGUGUCACUUCACCACUGCUGGAUUUAAUCAAAGAGGCGCAAAUUGAGGGGUUGAAGGAAGAGAAUCAAAAGAAAGAGAAGACGAGGGGUCAGAUUUCUACAUUUAUCAGAGAUAUUUGGGGUUUGUUGACUAAGUGUGGUAGAGUGUGGGUUCUUUUUUCUGGUGGUGUUCGACAUACAUUGUUGAAAGAAGUGCACAAGUCAAAGUUUUCGAUUCAUCUGGGCACUACGAAGAUGUACAGGGAUCUGAGACUUAGCUAG